AUGUCAUCAUCAUCCACAAAAUCCCUGGGCACACAAUCCCUUAACCAAAAGGGGAGCAGCAGCAGCAGCAGCAAUACCUACACGAAGCAGGCGAUAACUCCCGACGCUGUCGGAGAGGAAGACGAGCUUGACCUAAAUUGGAUACAGAAGAAGUAUACAGAGUUGCAAGAGAAGGGAAUCCCCGAGAAGGAGCAAACGAGGAAAAAACAGUGGGAUGACAUGGAGGAAAUUGAUAGUUUCCGUCUGGCGGCUGACUAG